CCAACGUCGGCGGUCAAAGGCGCCAAUGGGCACAGGGCAGGUUCGUUACCAAUGAGAUCAAAGAGUUAGUGGAGCAGCGACACGCUAUUGGCGAAUCCGCCUGUCGGUCAUCGCCGCCGGGGCCGGCGGUUGGCUGCUGGGGAGCAGGGGGUGGUUUCCGGGGGCGGGAACACUAUAUUAGGGGCGGACAAAGGCGGCGGCGAGGCCGUUCAGCCCGCCGCCAUUUUGCGUAGCGGGUGCUGAGCGGCAGCGGACGGAGCGCGCUCUCUGCUCUUCUCCUCCUCCCUCCGCUCCAUCAUGUCGCGGGAUCGCUUCCGUAGCCGUGGCGGCGGCGGCGGCGGCUUCCACCGGCGCGGCGGCGGCGGCGGCCGCGGCGGCCCCAACCACGAUUUCCGCUCGCCACCGCCCGGCAUGGGCAUGGGGCAGAACCGCGGCCCCAUGGCGGGCGGCCCGCAGGGCCCGGGCGGCCCGCCGGGCGGUGGCCCGAAGCCCGAACCGCCGAAGCCGCCCACGUCCACUUCUGCUCCGCCUUCUUCGUCCUCUUCAGCCGCCUCCACCACGGCAGGACCCACCGGCAGCCAGGCGGGAGCGCCUCCAUCCUCCGCGUUGCCCGCGGGGCAGCAGCCGCAGCAGCAGCCGCCGGUGUCGGCGCCCUCCUCGACUCCCUCCGGCCCGCAGCCGCAGUCCAAGCCCAGCCCGAGCCCCACGCCGGCCGGCGGCCCUAAGAAAGGACAAGGACAGUCUCCCGGCGGCGGCCCCAAGGGGCCGGGCGGCCCGCAGCAGGGGCCGCACAAGGGCGGCCCGGGGCACCGCGGCGGGCCUGGCGGGGAGCCGCGGGGCCGCGGGCAGCAGCACCAGGGCCAGCAGAGCCUCGGGGCGCAGCAGGGCUCGGCGGAGAGGAGCGAGAAGCUUUCGGACGAGGGGUUUAAAGCGAACCUUUCUCUCCUGAGGCGGCCUGGGGAGAAGACUUACACACAGCGUUGCAGGUUGUUUGUUGGGAAUUUGCCCGCUGAUAUCACAGACGAAGACUUUAAAAGAUUGUUCGCCAAAUAUGGGGAGCCAGGAGAGGUUUUUAUCAACAAGGGAAAAGGCUUUGGAUUCAUUAAAUUGGAAUCUAGGGCCCUUGCAGAAAUCGCGAAGGCGGAGUUGGACGAUACCCCGAUGCGGGGCCGGCAGCUCCGCGUUCGCUUUGCCACACACGCCGCUGCCCUGUCGGUGCGGAACCUCUCGCCCUACGUGUCCAACGAGUUGCUGGAGGAAGCUUUUUCCCAGUUCGGUCCGGUGGAAAGAGCUGUUGUGAUUGUAGAUGAUCGAGGUAGAUCAACAGGAAAAGGCAUUGUUGAGUUCGCCUCAAAGCCAGCUGCCAGGAAAGCCUUUGAACGGUGUACUGAGGGGGUGUUUUUGUUGACAACCACUCCCAGGCCAGUUAUUGUGGAACCAUUGGAACAAUUGGAUGAUGAAGAUGGUCUCCCAGAAAAGCUUGCUCAGAAGAAUCCGAUGUAUCAAAAGGAAAGAGAGACUCCUCCCCGUUUUGCUCAGCCUGGCAGUUUUGAAUUUGAAUAUUCCCAGAGAUGGAAAUCUUUAGAUGAAAUGGAAAAACAGCAGAGAGAGCAAGUGGCAAAAAACAUGAAAGAUGCCAAGGACAAACUUGAAAGCGAGAUGGAAGAUGCUUAUCACGAGCACCAGGCAAACCUCCUGCGUCAAGACCUCAUGAGGCGCCAGGAGGAGCUGAGGCGUAUGGAGGAGCUCCAUAAUCAGGAAAUGCAGAAGCGCAAGGAAAUUCAGCUGAGGCAGGAGGAGGAGCGUCGCCGGCGGGAAGAGGAGAUGAUGAUCCGUCAGCGGGAGAUGGAAGAGCAGAUGAGAAGGCAGAGGGAAGAGAAUUAUAGUAGAAUGGGUUACAUGGAUCCAAGGGAACGAGACAUGAGAAUGGGUGGUGCUGCCACAAUGAACAUGGGAGAUCCUUACGCUUCAGCAGCCCAGAAAUUCCCACCUCUGGGAGGUGGUGGCGGCAUAGGUUAUGAAGCUAAUCCAGGAGUUGGCCAAGCAGCCAUGAGUGGUUCUAUGAUGGGAAGUGACAUGUAGUGCUCACAAUGAGUUCUGGUACUGCCUAAGGCCUCUGCAGUUUAGUCAGCAGACCGUAGUCUUAACCCCAUCUUGAAAAGCUCAUGGUCUCUAGACAGCACAUGCCAGUCCUGGUGAGUAGGCAUUCUGUUACAUUUGAUGAAUGUCAGCUCCUGCUUCAGCCAACCGGAGCUGCCUUCUCUGAUUAGGCUUAUUUGGAAACGACAGUGAUGUAAUCUGAGCUUUUACUGCACUAAAGGUGAGAAGUUUGCAAGCUAUUUGCAUUAACUUGGUUGAAAAAUUUUGCUAGAGCUCAUUUGGAAAAGUUGUUAAUUCACAUCUGCACUAAUGCUUACAUUUCUAGCACUGCAGGGAGGAUCUGUUCUUUGUAACAGAUGUAUGAGAAUGCAUCAAGUGGGAACAUACCUCAAGGCAUGUAUUACAAUAAACUAAUUUUUAAAUUACCCUUUUUUCCUUUCUAUGUUCCCGGUACCUGUGGAUCGACUCAAUGGUGAUUGUAUCGACGAACCUUGACUACGGAACCUUCUAAAAAUAUAUACUUAACACACAUGGACAUCAACUACCUAUAAUGAACUGUUAAUUCUGUUCCAAUAGCGUCCUGAACGCUUUGGGCAGGGAGGUGCGGGGCCCGUGGGUGGCCAGGGUCCCAGAGGAAUGGGGCCUGGAACACCAGCAGGAUAUGGUAGAGGGAGAGAAGAAUAUGAAGCCCCAAACAAAAAGCCCCGAUUUUAGAUGUGACCUGUAGUUUCAUUCCAGUUUGUUUUUUGUCUGUCUUGUUUAGACACCAACUUCUUAAUUCUUGCAUUUUAGUAAGAAAGCUACGUUUUUAUGGAUGUUAGAAACUUACUGACCUAAUAUUUGUAAGUGGUCUGUUUGGGCGAGUACAAUUUAAUUAUGUAAUGCAGUGUUUCAAAAUCAAAUUUAGCUGUUUUUUUGAUGUAUAACGUCCCUAACUUGAUGGCAGUGUACCUUGUGCCACUGAAUUCCCAAAGUGUACCAACCUUUUUUUUACUGUGCUUCAAAUAAAUAGAAAACUAAAUGUAGUAACUCUUCUUGCCAGUCGUGGUUAAACAAUUGAGGCUGAAUCCCAGACCUGCUGCAGUAACCCGAGAGCCUUGAGUCGAGGUUGGACUGGACCAGGGUGUGGAACUGCAGCGAGGAGUGAGAUCUCUCCCCACAAUGCCUCUCUAGCUAAAGAUUGGGUUCAAUUGUAGCCGAACUUUGCAGUAGAUGCAGAUUUUUUUUGAGCAGUCGUUGUGCUGCAAUAAGGAAGCAAAUGGAAACCUUGCAAGUGCUGUAAGAUACAAUAUUUAAAGCUCCACUGCAAGCAGCAUAGUAACAAAUUCCAUAUUUUAGCUACGGCUGACGGGUGGUGGGAUGGUAGCACUUGCCACCCUGGUAGUCACUGCUUGGAAUCUUUUAAAAACUUAAAGCAGAAGACUAGCAAUGGUUAUUUUAAAAUAAAUUCAUAGAAUGCCUUGCAUUGGCUGACUUCCUAACUAAAGGAUUGUUAAUGUGAUAUUUAUAUGCUCUUAAGCUGUCUUGAGAUCACAGGAUCUGGCCUUUGCUCAGUGUUGUAAACCUGCCUGAAAUUGCUUGGCAAAAAGACCAGAAGUGUUACUCGAGUGAUUAAGGUUAACUUGCUUAUGUCCUCAUGCUAACAGUGGACUAAUUUGCCUAGUUCAGAAUACAAUCAUUUGUAUUAUGGGGACUGCAGGAACUAUUCCUAAAUCGUGUAGCUGGUGGGCAAAUCCUAAAAUCCUGUAUGUAAAACACAGCAAUCAGCUUGCUUGCAUGAUGGUUAUCGCUCUUUUAUUAUUGAUGUUUGGAGAUAAUGCUUCAAAAGUAGUAUCUGAAUCUGGAGUUCAAGAGUUAAUACUACACAGUGCAAAUAAACUCCCUUUAAGGUUCUCUUUGUAGAAGAUCUGAUGAAUUCGUUAGCUCGCUGUUCAUUGUAUUAAGCCCCAGAAGAAUUUCAGAGCAUUCUGGACUCAUUGGUAAGGUAGUUGCUUUGCUUAUUAUUACACUGUACCAGGUGAGCUGGGAACGUGACUUCCCAGUGUCAAAUACCUGAGUGUUAAUGCAGGACACAUCAACCUGCUUGGCACAGAGUCUGUAAACUUAGCUUGGCUGUACCUUCACACGAUCCCCAGCCACCAGUGUUCUGUGAGUAGCUUUAAUCUUCCCAAUACCUUUCCAUUCCUUGUGCUAUAAGCAUUGGCUAAUUCUAAAUUCUAUGCUAAAUUUUCUCUGUGGUUAAAACUUUAGUGUCAGAUUGCAGUAUUUUAGAGUGAAGAUGGCUGAUCCCUCUUGAAGUACUGUUACCCCUUAAAUGACAAGUAUAGCAAGUUGGGAAAUACUGAUACAGGUAACGCUGACUGGGAACGUGAAGCUCACUAAAGACUGACUCAGCUUGUUUGGUGAACGCUUCUUAGUUACCCAGAAAAGUUUGGGGGUUGAUAACAUGCUACAACAAUGAAUUGCUCUUCAGGAAAUUCCAAAUUGGCAGUUCCUAAACUGCAGACCAAUUACUUGGGAGUCCUUGUAUUGGGUAGUUCACAGAGGAGCAGUAUGGAUGCAAUUUGGGCUGUUGAAGCAGUUUGAAACAAUGUGUUUGCUGCUGGAGGGUGUUCGUGGGACACCCACAGAAGCUGAAGGUGUCCGAGGUGGGGAAUUCUGAACGUGAACAUUAAAUUAAUUUUUUCAGUUUAUUUUUCAGAUUACAUGUCAUUCUUUAUUAAAAGAGAUGCUGGUGCAUAUCCUAAAGUAUGUUCUUUUGUAGUUCUGUAACUUGGAAGAGUGAAGGAUGCUGCUGUCCUUGUACCUUACAGAGCUUGUCUUUGGGUACCCCUGUUUUGUACGUAAGCUACUGUUGUUAGGUAUUAAAAUAGCUGAGUUGCAAAACCAUGAUUAGUAAAUAUUUUGAAAGAUUUGGCGGUUUCCAAAACAUCUGAAAGUUUGGUUAAAUCUGGCUUUGUUGUAGCUGCAUAAGCAGAAUUUCUAAAACAAGUUCUGCUUUGAGUUGCAUGUACUAAACAGGCAUAUGAUGAAUUAGCCAACUUCAUUUAAAGACCUUUUAAAAGUGGUGUCUUAAAAGCUGGCAAACACGUCAACUUUCAAAUCUGGUAAAGUUCCUAAAUGUGGGAGGCGAGAAAGUGAUGUUCCUUUGAUCUGUUCCUAUGAGGUUUUGGACUUUUUUCAUAAACUCAGAUUUAUAUAAUGGAAUCUUUAAAACCAUUCAGAAAAGUGGUUUGCUGGACAGACCUGGUUUUGGAUGGUCUGGAUCGCAUAACACAUUUUUGUACCGGACUUGGAGGACAUUGGCUGUUGCAAUUUAGUUUGUUCUAUCAAAAUUGAGCCCAUUUUGACAUUUAGAGCUCUAAAAACUGCAGCAAGUAGAAACCGGUAUCGUUAUACAUAUGUCUUUGCACUUUCUCAGAAAUGAAUACAGAAGAAUCUUAACUUUCUGGUGUAGACACAUUACACGAAUCAUUUAUACAGCUGAUGAGAAACUGAAACUGCUUUUGAGAUUUUGUGGUAUUUUUGUGGUAGACAAAUUCUUGGCUUCUCCUUGGCAACCAUUUACUGUGGCAGCAAGUUCUUGCUGGAGUUUUGAGACUGCAAUUUACACUUUAAAAACUAGUGGCCUGCUACAUAACUGCACUUAGCCAGCAUUUCUGCAGUUCAUAACUGUGAGGAACGUAGUACCACAAAUGGCAAUGGACAUUAGGACCCGGAUGUAGUAUUCCUGCUUGCUCCGAGAUUCUCAUUGCCGACUGCGUCCAGGUAGGUAACAAGCAAUAUAAUAUAACUUGGUGACUUUCUAUGUAAUCUUAUACUGUGGGUAUUCUGACAUCACACUUCUGACUGUGGAAUUACAGUGCAGCACUCCAUACCUGUAUGUUGAGCUUGCAUCAAAAGCUGUGUGGUUUUCGGUUUUGAAGCUUUGCCUCGUUCAGAGACAACGAGCAACUUACUGUGGUUCUUAGCUGAGGAUUUCCAGACCCGAUUCCUCUGUGCAUACGACUCGGCUUGGGUGGAUUUUUCUUAGUUCCGAUGUAACGAAGAUAUUCUUAGCUGAGCACUGUGGGGAAGAGGGACUGUGAUCUUGGACUCACUCAGUUAGUCGACUGGGUGCUCUCAGUGCCUAGAAAAGAACUUGUUUAAACUUUCUGUAGUGACCCAGUGGCCCAUCUGCAGCUCAUCCCUGUGUAGAGUCUUGGCUCGGUAGGAAUGCGUUAAUAACCGCUGCUCUUGCCUCGUGUGCGCUGUGUGAGUCACCUCAAACUCCUGGUACAGGCAGCUCUGAGACUGAUCUGGAAUAUUUUUGAGAACAUAAAUGAGUGCUUGAAUUAAUAUCCCAUGAAUAGUUUCAUAAAGCUUAUAUUGGACUUUGCAGUUGUCUUUAUUUUAGCCUUUGAUUGACAAGCCUGAUACAUUCCUGUGCUUUAAUUGACAGCGAUGAGAUUCUGUUACUUCUGCCUGGUAGAGUCAUCCUAGUAGUGUAAUGCUCAAUUUCAUUUUUCAUCAGUCUUGGGGAUGUAAUUCUAAACUCUUCAUUACUACAACUACUGACUGCAGUGUUCCAGGAUUAACAUGCUUACCUUGCCAGACAUCCAGACAUGCUGAUCUCCAGCUCUUUUGCAUUAUUCUUGAACCUGAAUUUCAAGGUCCCUUGUUCCUGCAUGUAGUCUGGCUCUUGUCUGAUACUCAGUUUAUUUCACAGGUGUUGUAAUGUGUUUUCCCACUUGUUCUGCAAAGUUUUGCUUUGCAUACUUGUUUCUGGUAUUAUUGUCACUUUUGGACCCUUCUGUGUUACCUUCCAGGCAGGACUCUUGCUGGUGAACAGGGAUCUGCUGGACAGCCUUGCCUUCUGCUGUACCCACCUUUCCAUGUUCCACUGGACACUUGAAGUAGCAGCUGCACCUUGAGAUCAUGACAACAGGUCUUUGGUUACACCCCAGUGAGUGUAGCCAACACCAGCUGGUCACACAGUGACACCUUGUCACAAAGUCAGUUUAACUUUCUGUGAUGGCUUACCUUUACCUGUGACUGGGAUCCACUCCAUGAUUGCUCACCCUUACUUGGAACUGGGAUCCAGUAGAAAACCUGCUGGCAGCCAGCGUGCUGUUCUGUAGCAAAACUGAAUUAGUGAUCUUAAACCAGUGCUCAGAUCUGACUUCAAUUUUUCUAGUUAUCCAGUCCUGGAUACUUGACUUUCAGGAAUGUCGUGGAGGGGUUACUGGCACAUCUGCCUCGUUCUAUGUACUUGAACUUAGCACGUUUUUGACACUCUUGGAGCGAGCAAUUUGUGAGUGAACCGUGGGCUCAGAGCAGCUCUGGCUGCAGUAAUGAAACUUGGUGUGGUAGCAAACUUGAAAUAGUCAUGUCUGCUCUAAGUCAGUCUGUAACAAGUGGGUACAAGGAAUGCCAUUCAAGUGCUUGCAUUGUGUUUCAUCUUGGUUUUAUCUGUGUGUGAAAAACACUUUUUCUCAAAAGCUUACCUGAAGCUCAGAAGUGUGGUGUCAGAAUACAUUGUACUGCUAGGCCCUCCGAGCAGACCUGGUGCUGGCAGGAGAGCACAGCACAGCGUGGAUGGGGCUUUACUGUAACAUUAAGCAUACAAAGUGUUGAUUUGCUUGCAGUUCUCCCCAUAGCUAAACACUGAGGCCUGUGAGUAGUUUAGGACUCGAGCAGUAAUGGGGUUGCAUGUCUCUGUUAAUCAUUGCCAGCUGCAGUGACAUGAUCAGGAAGGCCAGUGUUCUGUUCCAUUAUGUUCAGUGAGGCUGAGCAUGUUGGGAAGGAUGCAUCCAAGUAUAGUGCUCUGGGGAAUCACUUGGCUUCUUCCACUACUAGCAAGUUUGGAAUCAGCUAAUUAGCUUCAGAUUUUUUUCUCUCUCCAUACCAGCUAGUGGGGCUGUUAAAUAGCUGCUGCCUGGCAAAGGAAAAAACGGGAGGAUUGGCCUUCUCCCAGCUGUGUCAUUGCUGCUAGGUAAUGAUUGACACGUUAGGACUUGGCUGUGCAAUCCCGCAGUGGUCUGUGAAUACCCCAUCUCUAUACAUGUUGCUUCUGAACACCAGUACUGAAGAGCUAACUGGGGAGGGCUGGGAGGAGCGUGGCCAGUAGGGAAUCUGCAGUGUUUAAAGGAUGCACAAAGAUAUAGUAUCCCUUAUGCAUGGGGUUUGUUGCUAUGGCAGAGAAAACAAUAUGUGCAUAACUCUCCUGCUCCUGAGGGCCAUGAGAAAACCCAGGUGGUGGGUUGGACACUAAUCCUGAACUUGUCCCUGCCUGGUCAGAUCACGCUGUGCCCGAGGUGUGAUCUGCUUCCCAGCUGGAGCUGUACAGAGCCUCGGACCACAUCCCCAGCUCUCACCAUUGCAGGCUGCCCUCAGCUGUAGUAAAGGGGGGUCUCGAGAAGGGAAGAACCUUGCUGAGGAUAAAAGCAGUGACAGUGCCAAUCUUAGUGUCUGCCUUUGGCUUCUGAAGCACUUGUAGGACUGUUGAACCCAAGGGCUCCUACAGUCCAGGGCCACUGCACUCCCUCAUGAAGGGGAAUAGAGGGCAUUGCUGCAGGACACAAAUAGGGUCAAAUAGUUGAAGUAGCUGACAAAAUUAAUGCCUUCACAUAAGGGAUAAUAUACCUCUGGCUGCAAUCAAACCUCACUGUGCUCAGAUGGGGGGUUAUGGUUUGUGCUCACACAAGGUGCAGUUCUUCAGGCAACUACCUGCAUAUUCCUUCAGCUCUUGAUGAGUGUUAAGGCCAGCCUAUUUCUGCCCCUUAUUCUUCCACUUAAUGGUUUGGAAUAACUGAUAAAUUACCCCUCAUAACUAAUCAGUCCAUGUAUCUUAAACCCUUAUUUUUAAGUUAGUUUUGAAAUGGUCCAGAUUUGCUGUGUAUGACUCCAAUAACUUCAGUUGUUAUCCUUUAGGUGAAGAUGAAAGCUGAGUGACACCGGAGUGCUCAUCCAUGGGAAUCGAGGAGCCGAGCAUGAGCACAUCCAGCACGGUGCCCAGUGGUGUGUGGAGGGACCAAGGGAACAGGUGGACAAAAGGAGAAGUCUGAUUGCAGUGAAGAGGAGCCAGGAAGAUACAAAUCUUUAAAAUAAAACAUUUUACUAUUUUUA